AUGCGGUUCGUCCCCGUGGUCGCAGCGUUGGCUGCCGUCUGCCCACAGCUGGUCAAGGGCCAUGGCAAGCCAACAAGCAUCACGGGAGACUCGGGCGGCACCGCGCCGGGUCUCAACUUCCUCGCCGGUGUCCCGUUGACGGGGCCAAACAGCGUGACGGAAAAAGCCUCCCCCGUGCUGCCCAAGAAGGUCCUAAGCCAGGGCUUGGGCAAAACCACCGCCUUCGGCAAGACGACGGUGGCGAGCGGCGUCACCAGGGCCAUGGCGGCGGACGGCGCCACGAUGCCCCAGGUCAAGACUGAUGGCACCGGCUGGAUUGCCGGCACCUGGCACGUCGUAACGUCGGACGGCGGUGGCCCUAUCAGGGCGGUUGUUGAUCCGACCGCAAAGGGCGACUUCACUCAGGGCACAGAGCUGCAGCUGGUUGGGGCGCAGGUCCCUGGCAAGAACGGCAACAUCAAGCCUACCCAGGGUCAGAACUCGGACAAGAAGACAGGGAACGGCAACGCGGCCAAGAACAAUAUCGUCGCGAGGCUCGUUGCGCGCUUCAUCGAGAAGCGUGCCGUCAACGUCAAUGAGGAUUAUCCGUUCAAGUUCCAGAUUCCCGCGGGCAUGCAGUGCACCGGCACCGUCGGCACCGUCACCAACGCCUGCCUCGUCAAGAUCACAAACACCAACAAGGCCGGCCCCUUUGGCGACACCGCCAUCAUCCAGCAGGCGCCGCAGGGUGCCUCCAAUGGCACGGCUCCCUCAACGCCGCCGCCAACGACGGGCACUCCCGGUAACACCAACGGCGGCGGCGGUGGCAGCGGUGUCGGCGGCAAAAACAACAACAACAACAACAACAACAAGAGGCGCGUCGCCCGGCGGGCCCCGGUCGCCGACGUUCAGCCCGGCUUCACCCACCCCGAGCGUGCCGAUGUCAACGGCCACCAGUAUGGUGGCAAGGACAAGGCCCGCCGCUCGGUCCCGUUCACGGCCUAG